UAGUAGUUUAUUCUUCAUUUUCUGAGAGCCUCAGUGCCUUUGCUUCACUUCUCACCAGCAGAUCUGAUUUGAAUAAGGACCAGAGAUCUUUGCGGAUUGUAUUGAAUCAAAUAUUUUUGCGUGAACACCCAGCAAUCCUAUGCGUAACUGCAUCCACACUAUCAUUAUCCCUUCUAUCAACACGGAUGUCCAGCUUCAGGGAGAGGAUAUGUAUCAGGGCAUAAUGACAACCAACCACGGACCCGCUUCCUAUGAGGCCGGAUUUCUCCACAACGCCUCGGCGGGAACCUCUCCGGUUUAUGUGCCCACCACCCGGGUCGUCACCCCCAUGAUUCCGGCGCUGCCUUACCUCCAGACGCCCGGCGCGUCGCAGCAGAGCAGCCCCGUGUCGAGCCAUUCUGCCUGGGCGCAGCCGGGCGCCGACUCUGUGCCCUCGUACAAUCACUCCCCGGUGUCUCCGCGCUUCGCCUUCUCCACCAGCCCGCCUCUGUCCUCCGGGGUGGCAACGGCCCGAGAGACGGCCGCUUCUUACAACAGUCCGCUAAACAUUUCUGCCAACGGGAGGGAGCACUACGGGGCCCGGAGCCUUGGCGGGUCGUAUCACAGUCCUUACCCGGCCUACAUGAGCCCCAACGUGGGUGGAACGUGGUCGGCGUCCCCCUUUGAUAGCCCGGUCCUCCACGGUCUCCAAACCGGCGCUCACCCUGGCGCAACACGGCACCCAAACAUAGACCUGUUUGAUGACUUUGCUGAGGGGCGAGAGUGUGUGAACUGUGGGGCGAUGUCAACCCCCCUCUGGAGGCGGGAUGGUACCGGCCACUACCUGUGUAACGCCUGCGGACUGUACCACAAGAUGAACGGCAUCAACAGACCUCUUAUCAAACCUCAAAGACGGCUGUCUGCCUCGAGGAGGGUGGGCCUCUCCUGCACCAACUGUCACACCACCACCACCACCCUGUGGCGACGAAACGCAGAGGGAGAACCAGUCUGCAAUGCCUGUGGCCUCUACAUGAAACUCCAUGGGGUACCACGACCCCUGGCUAUGAAGAAAGAGGGGAUCCAGACCCGCAAACGCAAACCCAAGAAUCUCAACAAGUCCCAAUCUGGGACCCCUGGCAGUGAGGGGACUCCAGUCACACCGAGCAGCACUCCCCGUGCCUCCACCGCUUCGGAGGAGCCUCGCCAGAUAAAGACAGAGCCGGACACUCACAGCUUGUACACACACCACAGCGCACAUGCACAGAUUUCAGCCCUGCCAGCCUACAUGGCAGCUCAAAGUGGGGCCAUUCCUCUCAAGAUGUCCCCUGGGGGCCACGGCGGGUCUUCUGGCUCCAAACCUGAGCCCUGGAACAACCUAAUCCUGGCCUAGAAGAUCUGCAACCCGGCAUCUCAAACCAAGCUAUCUACAUAGAUUAAACUCUCCACAGAGACGAGGGUCUGCAGACAGCAGACUGCCGCUCUGGAUGCAGACGUUCCCACAGCCUGCACACCUCUCAGUGCCUUCAGUAUAGCGCUCUGGGACAAAUACGUGGGUGCCACAAAAGACAUGGAGAUCUUAAACAGAACUGCACAGAUGCUGCAUGUUCAAUCACAGCAACCGAGGACUGAAUGGAGUUUGUGUUAGACAAUCAUGAAAGAGCAGCACUGUGAUUAGACACACUACAACUCCUGAUAUGGAAACUACGCUCUCACCUUUUCUACCAGCGGAGAGGCAUUAAGUGUUUGAUAAAUACUGUAACAUAAACCAGUGACACAUAACAGUAAUGGUCAGACUUUUUGUCCCUGAGUUAUUUUUAUUUCAGUGUAUUUGUCUUCAGUUUCAUAUUAUUAUAGACAAUUUACCAUAAAAUGAAAUGAAAUCAUUAAACAUGUAAAGAACCACACCUUAAUGUCAAAAGUUGUACCAUGGAGGAGUUGUAGCAAGUGUAGUUAAAGGGUUUCUUCACAUAAUAAGAAAAACUAUAUACUUUAACACUCACAAGUAGUAUUUACUUGUAGAUAUGCCACCACAAUGCAAUGGAGGGAAAUGGCAUUUUGUUUGUGGUGCUGAAAGUUUUUUCAAAAAGCUCUUUCCAGAACAAAUGUGUUGGUUAGGUAACAUCCACAAACCUCAGUGUGGUCAGUUUUCAGUAUUUUGUAUGUUCGGUAAAUGAUUAAACUUUUCAGAGGUAGUGAGGUCUGUGGAUUAUCCUAUAAAGCACUUUGCUAUUGAGUUUUUCAAAGGGUUUAAAUUAAUUGAGCACCACAAACAAACAUCCAGUCAUUAUAGUUUUAGUAGGGUGGCUCAGUCUCAGCAGCAAUGUCUCAAAACUUAACGUAAGGACAGGAAAACUAUCUUGGUAUAGUCGCUUAUUUGCAAUGAGUGUAAUAUCACACUGCAUCUAAUUCUAAUCUAAUCUAAUUCUACAAAGACAAUCUGAUUGGGAGCGUUCCUAAUAAACUUACUGUAACGAGAAUUGCUCAAGACAUCCAUCACUCCUCAACACCAGUGAUAAACAUGAUCUCCUUCUCAGUGCAAUAGAAACAGCUCCCUGGUGGCAUGUUGUUUCUGGAUCUGUUGCCUGAAUUGUGUACUUUUGUCCGUUUGAUUGAAAGUGUUAAAAAAAAAAAAGAAGAAAACAUGUCAGUGUUGACACCUCUAUGGAAAAAUAAUGUUUGAUAAACUACCUAUGCAGCAAGUAAGUUGGACAUGAUGAAUGUGGAUGGAGGUGAUAGCAAGCAGCUCCCUCUGCUGACAGAAGCGCAAAUGUGUGCACCCAUAAGAAAACUUUUUUUUUCUUUAAUGCUUGAGGGCCUUUCAAAAAAAGAAUCCUGUUAGUAUUUAUUAUUGACAGCACAACUCCAAACCACACAUUUAUCACCUUUCAGCUGAAGGUUGUUUAAUAAACUUUAUGAAGCAAUGCUUUAAUUUACUUGUGACAAGCAACAUGUGUAAAUGUGGGAUAUCGCCACGUGUAAUUAUUACCAAAAUAACAAAUAUAUGAGCAUAUAUGUAAAAAUCCACUCUAGUAUAAUUGUAAUACACCAUUUGUGAUAUAUUGUGAGUAAAGACACAGUGAGAGAUGGGCAUUUCUCAGUGUGCGCUAACACUACCUGAUGCCCUUUCCCCUGUGUGCAACUGUAGCUCUACUGAGGAAACUAAUAAAGACAAAA